CUUUUUUUUUCGGAAAGUUCAAGAGAUUUUGAGAACGGUAAACGUCACUCAAUUUGUUUUGGUUAGUUUGAUUUUGACGUCUUGGGUGAAAAUUGUUCCUGCUGUUUGUGUAACAAUUUUACAUUUGUGCGAAAUCUUUGCGGUUAUAAAACAAAAACACUGGCCGGAUUGAGGAGAAACGAUUUAGACAGGAUGGAAGUGGAUCAGUUUGCUGUCGAUUUAUAUACCGGUGAGGGAUCACGGCUGCCUCUCAUCGACGAAUCGACGGCUUUCGGGACACAGGCACCGAAGGACAGAUUGAUUGCAAUACUGGACCAAGUGGAGAUGCGAGUGGAGCGAUUGCGACGUGAUACUGUCCGCAUUGAGGAAGAGCGCGACUCCUUGCUGUCCACACUCGAUAGUAUCAAACACUCAGAGCUGCUUGGUGAUGUCUCUGAAUGUGAUAGAGAUGAUAUCACGCGGUAUGCUGAGCGGAUCCUGGCGCGCGCCAUGACAGUGGAAGUGGCUGUUCGUACAGACAGGGACGCACAACAGGAGGAGGCUUUGCAUCAGGUGAACAUGUACAUAGACCAGCUAGUGAUGACGGUGCACGACGACGCGGUCAUCGCCCACACCCGCUGCCAGACCUUCAUGAACGCCUGCACAUCGCAGCCGGACCCAUCGACGGGCACCGACAAGAACUUCGAAAGCGCUAUCUUGGGCUGCACACUAGACGACCAGAAACGGGUAAAGAAACGUCUCCAAGGCCUCCUGGAUUACUUCGCCAAGUUGAACGUGACCACCUGUUCGUGAGUUACCGCUAUGCUUGACAGCAAACUUGUCAUUCGCUGAGUCUGUACCAGCUUCGCGUUUAUUUGGACUGCCUGAGAGCGCGGUGCCUAUCGUGCAAAUGUUACUGCAAGACUGUCACUGUCGAAUUGUAUGUCUCAUCGUUUGUUUGUGAUUUAGAGUUGUUCCUUUUAUUUAGGGGAAAUUGUUCUAAAUUACCUUUUUGUAAAAUCUUCACAAAAUACACUAGUGUUAGUUAUGUCUGUAAGCAAUUACAUGCUUGUAAUGAAUC